GUACGCGGAGCCGUGACGUCAUGUGUAAAACAAAACAAAAUAGAGGAGCUAUUUCCUGUGUGCGAUCGUUUCUCGCAGUAGUCUUUGGUUGAAUUGUGUGUAUUUAAUAUUGUUUGCCGUUUUGUGGUUUGUGAGGAGCACAUUGGCUUUAUUAACAUGGCGCAGCUUAGACGUGUUUCCAACGGGGACAUCUGACUAGCAGCUAUGUUCGUUUAGCCGAGGAGCAAUAUGUCCAGCUCGGACACCGACCCAACGGACGGCUGCCGCUCUCCGGAAGCCGAGUCCAGCCAAGGUGAUGCCGAAGGCUCGACCUCGGCUGCUACGCAAACCGAGGAGAAAACGCCGGGCGUGCGUCAGAAGCUGCGGACCCUGACAUUCGGCCGUCGCCGCAAGAACGCAUCCGGCUCGACGUCCGCAGCGGGCCCAUCUAAGGAACAGCCGUCCCGCGAGUGCAAGCCGAGGAAAGGCGGCAGCAGCUGGGGUUUCAAGCUUGGAUGUAGAUCGCGCCGCACGUCGUCGGCGGCGGAUCCCGUUGCGAGCGACCAUCCUACGGGCUGCCCGAUAUGCAUAUGCACCGGUUACCGUCGCACCGAAGAGCGCAGCGUCGAUCCCGAUGUCAGCGUGAGGGUCACACCACCGCGCAGUCACAGCAAGUUUGCCUGCGGCUCGGACGGCAAGUAUCGGGGCGACGAAUACCAGGUGGACGACUGGGAUGAGCGAGCUCGCAAGGAGCGAGCCCGCGAGAUCGAAGAAGGCGUCGACCCGCCUCCGGGAUUCCGCAGCGACGGACGGCCGUCGACGUCCUCCUCCUCCUCCUCCUCUGAAGAACAGCCGAGGGCUCAAGUGCCUUCGCCCCAACCUCUUCAGCAACAGCUUCCGGAGCUCGCGCUCGCGCUGCGCAACCAGCUGAGCUUGUCCAGCGGUCCCGAGAGCCUCUCCGUGCCGUGGGAGGUUCUGAGCCAGAUAUGGGACGUGGCCCCGCAAGUGCACACCCAGGUGGACUACAUGCACUGCCUGGUGCCCGACCUGCUGGGCAUCACCGCGUGCGGCUUCUACUGGGGAAAGAUGGACCGGUACGAGGCUGAACGCCUGCUCGAGAACAAGCCCGAGGGCACGUUUCUGCUCAGGGACUCCGCGCAGGAGGAGUACCUCUUCUCGGUGAGCUUUCGACGGUACGGCCGCUCGCUGCACGCGCGCGUCGAGCAGUGGAACCACCGGUUCAGUUUUGACUCUCACGACCCGGGGGUGUUCUCGUCGCGCACCGUGUGCGGCCUGGUGGAGCACUACAAGGAUCCCUCGUGCUGCAUGUACUUUGAGCCCAUGCUCACCCGUCCCCUGCACCGAACUUUUGUGUUCCCGCUGCAGCACCUGGCCCGUGCGGUCAUCUGCUCGUGCAUCGCCUACGACGGUGCCGCCAAGCUGCCACUGCCCCGGAGCCUCAAGAGCUACCUGCGGGAGUAUCACUACAAGCAGAGGGUCCGUGUGCGCCAGAUUGAGGACGGCGGCACUACGGUCCAGAUGGGCGAAGAGCUGCUGGCACAAGGUGACAUUGAGAACGGUGUGGAGCACCUGAGCAGUGCAGUGGCCGUCUGUGGCCAGCCCCAGCAGCUGCUGCAGGUGCUGCAGCAGACUCUGCCUCCCCAGGUGUUCCACCUGCUCCUGCAGCGCCUACCUGUUGUCUCGCAGCGCCUGGCAGACAGUGCCGGAGGACCCCCACUGGUUGAAGACGACGUUGAGUAAGCGGCGCCAGCACCUCAAGGCCGCACCUGUUGCCGACCGGCCGCUCGUGUUCAACACUAAUCAGAAGAGUGUUAAACACUAAUUAAGCUUGGCAGUCCAAAUGCUUGGUUCCAGGCAUCUCCUUUGCUGAUUUGUAUUGCCGUUUGGGAACCAUUCCGUCGUUUAUUUUUCUGUUGUUUCUGAAAUCUCUGCUUCCUGAGGUGCGUAAGCAAAAAAUUAUGGCGUUGACGAUAGGCAAUAAAACUAGCUGCCUUGUAAAGCUGCUGCCAGCUGCUUUCGAAAUAAGAAAAUUGGAGGCGAGAACCAUGGUAAACAUUCACUGGUCAUACAUAUUGCUUGGCAGAACAUGCACCUUCCUGUCGACGCAGCAUAUUAGUCUGCAUGGCCAAGUGAUUGUUGGUGGAGAACACUGGCCUGAAAGGCGCCAAUGUAUGAUUUCUGCCAUCUCAGCAAGAGAAAUGCCAUGUUUUGCUUUAGAAAGACUAGUUUCAAAUUUUGCUCAAUCUAUAAAGCUAAGUCAAAAGCCAAGUUUGUCUCAUGAGCUGCGAUGUGCAUCUUGUCAGGUUGUGCUUGCAGAUCAUCUUCACGAGAACUGCUGCAUCACGCUUUGUAAUGCUCUGUUUUUCCUGGGUAUGCUUAUGCAUGCUAAACUGUUGUGUUAGUUUCUGUAACCAAGUGGGGCAGAGCAUUAUUUUUGUUUGCCCCCUCUGACUGUGUUAGGUAAUUGUUGUUGAAGAGAAACGUAAGUGAAAUGUUACCGUAACAAGUGUUGCAAGCAUCUGCCAUAGAUACGAGAGGGCUUAAAGCUCGUCAGACUGUUGUGUAGAACCUGAAGAAGCUUAUUUACUUUUGGCCACUCUGAAGCAGCCUGGUGAGACUUGUAUUAUAUCCUGUGCACGGGGCACUUUUGAUCCCAAUCGGGCUUAAUCGCAGUCGAAAGUGCCCCCUUUGAAGGGGUAUAAGCAUCCUACCAUAAUGGGGAAGUGUCGCAUUAAAAAGCACACUCAUUUGCUGAUUAGUCAGUCAGAGGCAAGGACCACGUGUACUGACAAGGUAGCAAUGUCUUUCUGUGCAGUAGGGCUAUGAGCACUGGCAAUAUGUACUUGACUAAACAGUGUCAGUGAAAACUCGAGUUGUCUCGCCCACGACAUAGUAUGCAAGGAACUACUCUGCACCAACUGGACCAUCUUGCAGCAUUGGCAAACAUAGCAGCAAUUGCCAUGAUUGAUGGCGUAACCCUGGCAAGAUGGGGUCUGUAGGUAUGACUUGAUCAUCUCUGGCUCUUUCUUGUGGCAUCUCUGAGUUAAUGAAUUUACCUGUUGUGUGAAAUUUGCUAAGAGAAAGUUGUAAAAAAAAGCUGACUGGAGAACUGACUUGUUAUUAUUGCUAACAUACCAUCACGCAAGACCAAAAAACACCUGCUCUCCUAAAUCAUUCACACCUCUGUUCUGCUGUAAGAGCCUCUCUGCUAGCUCUUUUCUGUGCACUGAAUUCACCACACAUUUGCUCAUACGUGGAACAGUGCUGGCGAACUGUGUGCAAGUUACAGACACUGCAUAAGACAAGGAUUAACACAACUGCUAACUUUUGGUCUGUGCUUCCCAUCCCUUCCCAUUUUAUUUUCUUUCCCUUUCACAUUAUAAAUCUGAACAUGUUGUACAAGCAAGGCCAGAUCUCUAUCUUCAUCAGAUCAAAAUAUUUUCAAGACAGUGGUUGCUACCAAAUAAAACUAGAUCCAACUUUUA